AUGGAUUCCACUCAUGAUGAUUCCUUUGCGAAGAGGCUCUGCGACGAAGCGAGCAGCGCAAUGCAACCGUACAACGAGAAGAACCUACCCCGAGUGGUCACUUAUCAGCUCCCUGUUCCUUGUGGUGACUGCUCUGUCCACUUACUCGUCAAUGGGAAAGGUAAAACAGUAAGCGCUUUCAUAAUGGACGGUGAUCGAGAUGCUCAAGGACUAGAAGCUAGUCGCGUAGUCCAUGUUGGACUCCGGCUGAUUGCCCGAAUCCACGGGAUCGGCCGUCCUUAUUUGAGGGCGUGGGUCGUCACACACUGGGAUAGAGAUCAUUUUGAGGGUGUACUCAAUCUGAUCGAGGCUGAAAAGAUGAAUCAAUUCGUACUUGAGAAGGACUUCUGGCUCUAUUGUGCAACCGACAAGAAGAUUGUAACCCGAGUUUCUACCGCUUUCGAGAAGUGCAGUAUCAAAACAACUCGCGUAGUUGGUGCUGAGGCCAUUGGGUGUAACUUCUUUGGUCAGGAGAUGAACCAUGGCCCCGUCGGUUUCUGGUGCGUUGGUGGCGACGGCUACAGCUAUGAUAAGGGUUUCAAGAUACCCCCAGAACCCCAGAAGGAGGGGGAUUUACUCAAGAACCUCAAGUUGGUAUCCGUGAAAGAGAACAGCCCUACACCAAACGAGAGAUCUCUCAUGGCGGUGAUCAUGUGGCGCGGAAGUGGCAAGAGUCAACGGCGAUUCUCCUAUUUCUGUGCAGGCGACGGCAACUUUACCCUCGAGAAAGACGUCGUUUGCCCGCAAGUAUUCCAGGGCCAACCAGUCAAAGCAUUCAAGCUGGAUCACCACGGCUCUUCUGGAGAGUUCUCCUGUGGCGAGGUUUUGGAGGGGCUCGGUCUGCCUCAGCGACUGAUCGUGACACCAGGACAUCAAUAUGGGCACCCUUGCUGGGAUGUCUUGUUUCAAAUUAGUAGGAUGUAUAAACAAGGAAAAAGGGACAAGGUUGACAAGCUCUUAUACACAACACGUCUACCUUACUGGGUUGACGAGAGCAAAUUUGGAAAAUGGCUCACUACAGACCUUAACAUUAACCCCAAUUCAACAAAAGUGCAGAUACUUCUUGGCGCCGGCUCAACUUCUAAUGGAAAAAAGAAACUCCUGACGGGGAGCGAGUCCCAAAAGGCAGUCGACAAGGCACUCGCGGAAGCCCGGGAACAGAAACUCGACUUCAAACAGUUCAUGAAGACGAUUUAUCUGGAAGCUGAGGACGAGGAUGAAGAAGACGACCCGAAUUUCACUUACGAAGACGGCUUCGCAGAUCUUCUUGCUACUUGGGCCAACAACCAAGGCACUGUUUAUGAGUCUGUUGUUGAUAUUGUCACUCAGGAGCUCAAGGUGGCUACCAACGGAAAGUAUAAGAUGAAAGAUGAGGCUGAGGAAGAGAAAAUUGUCAAGUUUGAGGAUGAGUCCACGGAAUACAAGUAUGAUGUUGUCAAAGCCUGUGUUGAUAUGUGGAACUCGAUCUCAGACCAAAAGAUCUUAGAUGAGGUAGUCCAGUCGAGAUACUACCUCUUGCAGCUCAUCUCAGCUAACGAUGAUGAGCUUGAUGGCGUUGUGGCGGCGCAUGGGUGGCCAGAAAUUCCAGAAAGCAAGUCCCUGUCCCAUUUGUAG